UGAACACACAAGAUGGCGUCCUCCAUGUGAAGAGGUUCAUAAUACAACAGAGACACGCUGCAUGGCCAUGUAUUCAACUGAUUAGUAUCAAGCAUUUAUAACUUUUGUGAAAUGGGGGAACAAGUUAAACUUCAAGUUCAUCAUGUGAGAUUCUUCAACUGUCAGCCACAGACAAUCAACUGUAUUUGCCAUGACUCCACUUCACAAAGAGUGGCUGUCUCGAGGUCUGACGGGUCUGUGGAGAUUCUGGGGACCCAAGACAACUGGAUCCAAGAACUGGUGUUACCAGGUAGCAGUGAUGCGUCAGUGGAAGCUUUGGCGUGGGCUCAGGGCCGCUUGUUUGCUGCGGGGCUAGGCGGAAAUAUUGUGGAGCUGGACAUGGUCACUCAGUCUGCUAAGGAGACAGUGUCGUCCAAUGCUGGACCAGUCUGGUGUCUGACCACUAACGCUGCUCAAGAUCAGCUGGCAGCAGGAACUGAGGACGGCUGUGUGGUCCUGUUUGACGUCUCGGGAGAACUGCAGUAUCUGCGAGGCUUUGGGAAGCAGGAGGGGAGGAUUCUCUCCAUCGCCUGGUACGAGACGGAGGUGGAGAGCAUGAUCGUGACCGGGGGCGUCAACAACAUCCGUCAGUGGAGCGUCAAGUCGGGCCAGCCCCUCAGUCGCAUGACCUUCGGCCGCAAGUUCCAGAAAGACACAAUUGUCUGGUGUGUCGCUGUCACGCAAGACUUCACCAUCAUAAGUGGAGACUCGCGGGGCAUCGUCACCUUCUGGAACGGGAAGGAGUCCACUCAGAUCAAGACAUUCCACUGUCACAAAGCUGAUGUUCUGGGCCUGUGCCUCAGUGAGGAUGAGCAGACGGUGUACAGUAGCGGUGUGGACGCGGCACUCUACCAGUUCUCCCUCUACCUGGCCGACCCCGCCUCAGAGCGCAAGCGCUGGGUGCAACAGUUGCUCCACAGUCGACACACGCACGACGUGCGCGCCUUGGCAUACAGGGACGGCUGUGUGGCGUCUGGGGGUGUGGAUGCGGUGCUGCAAGUUGCCAAACUGAAGGGGAAGCGCUCGGUGUGGGAUGUGGAUCCUUUCCCUGCGACGGGCCUGGUGAACGUGGCCUCCGACAAGAACCUGGUACAGCUGCAGUACCCGACCUAUGUGGAGGUGUGGCGGCUGGGGGCGGCCAAUCAGCCGGAGGAGGAAGCGCGGGGUAUCCUCCCCCUCACCAAGAAGCCUGUGCGUCUGCUGCAACUGAAGGCGCGCUCCGACCGACGCGUUCUGUGUAGUGCCGUGUCGCCCGCCGCGCUUGUGGCCUUCUCCGACACAAAGGGAGUCCGGCUGUUUCAGCUGAACUUGAAAAAUGAUGACUCGAGUGUGCCGGAUGUGUCCUUGACCCGUGUACCUUGCGGUCUGCUGGAGCCUGCUCGCCUGAUGACCUUCACCUCCAGUGGGCAGGCUCUGGUUGCGGUGUCCACGUCUGGGAGUCUACAGGUCGUGGAUGUCAGUACAGGGCGCGUGAAGCACACUGUUAAGUCUGUCUCAGCGUCACCGAUCCACCGACUGAGCGCCAGUCCCAACGGGUCGCACUUUGCCACAGCUACGACAGAUCACGGCAUCCAUGUGUACAGCGCGGCUACGGGGCAGCACGUGUGCUCGUGUCCGGUCCAGAAGUCUCAGGUCAGUGCCCUGGCCUUCUCACCUCACAGCCCCAGCCUGGUCAUCGCCUACAGCAACCACUCGAUCUACGAGUUUGACGUGGACCAGCGAGAGUACACUCCGUGGAGUCGCGCCAACAGCUCUCUCUUCCAGCAGAACUGGCUACGCCCCAUGAGCAGCGUGCGGCAGAUCACUUUCUCCCCUCACCGGCCAGACCUCGUCGUCUUCCACACCGACGCCAUCCUCUGUGUCCUGGACAAGUCGAAAACAGUUGACAAAGGUACAAGCUCCACGCCCAAAAUGGAAAACAUUCGCAAGUGUUGCAAAUACAAGUACUUGCUGUCAGCCCAGUACCUGAGCGAUGGUAUGUUGGUGGCCGUGGAGUACACACCGCCCGCCGUGGAAGAAAACCUGCCACCCUCGCUGAAGCAGAAGAGAUUUGGGAUAUCCUGAUGUCCGCAUACGGUUGGAGGGAGGGGGGGGCGGGUUGUUCGUUUGUGCGUGCAAGUGUUUGUGUGCGAGUGUGUACAUGUCGCGACCUCUGUGCUUUCUUGUCGUAUCUCCAUUUUUUUUAAAAUUGAAAAUGUGACUUCUU